AUGAGACGACGGCCGAAGCCAGGAGGACCACAGAUGCCCGCCUGCUUGCGACCCUACCGGCAGGGACUUGUGGAGCGAAAUCUCCAUCUCCAAAGACGCCAAUUCCCCAUCCUGCCUGGCGGUGCCUGUUGCUGGCGUCCCAUUCCUUGCACUGGCCCACUCGACUGCCAAGACUGCCAACGGGGCACACAAUGCAGUCUUCUAGACGAAGGAUCGCUUGGCAGAUUUGCAUCCUGCUUAGUCCCAGAAUCAGAAUUUGGCUGCACCAGCAUUGUUGGAUCUUCGAUCGCCCAUCGUGGCAUCCCAAUUGCAAUGCCCAUGGCCCAUUGCACUAAGGCUCCGCUCCACUCCUCGCAAGUCAAAAGUGGCGCCCUCUGGAGGCUCCGCAUGUGCCCUGCUCAUGUCGAUAUCGCCAAGACCCGUUUAUGCCAUCAUGGCGCAACAGAGGUCGUACUAGGUACCCUGCAGCCCGUUGUCGCUCUGCCUUGGUACGGACCAUGUUGCAAUGCAGCAGCAAUAUCCCAUGGCGCCUCCACUGUUAUCUAUGUAUCUUCGGGCCUCGCGACCGCAUGUCAAUAA